AUGAAGCUCUCUACAUUCAUUGCUGCUAGCUCAGCAUCCCUCGCCCUGGCGGUGCCUGCUGCCCCUUUGGAGAAGCGUGCUGACUUUUGCGAUCAAUGGGGCUCGCAAGUCAACGGUCCUUACACAACCUACAACAACCUGUGGGGCAAGGGCUCUGCCACAAGCGGUUCUCAAUGCACUGGCGUUGACAGCUACAGUGGCACACCUCAUGGUCGUGGGCUGGCGGGUACCCACGGACAAGUCAAGUCCUAUGCCAAUGUCGUGACUAACGUUGCCAAGAAGCAACUGUCCUCGAUCAACUCGCUGCCUUCGGUCUGGAAGUGGUCCUACACGGGUAGCAACAUCAUUGCGGACGUGGCCUACGACCUCUUCACUUCCAGCUCCCCCAGUGGAAAGGAAGAAAACGAGAUCAUGAUCUGGCUCGCUGCCCUUGGCGGCGCCGGCCCCAUCUCAUCCACCGGCAGCCCCAUUGCCACCGUCACCUUGGCUGGCAACUCCUGGAAGCUGUACAAGGGACCCAACGGCCAGAUGACCGUAUACAGCUUCGUUGCGCAGAACCAGGUCCAGAACUUCAACGGAGACCUCAUGGAGUUUGUCCGCUACCUCACCUCCAAGCAGGGUCUGGCCAGCAGCCAGUACCUGAUUAGCGCUGGUGCUGGUACUGAGCCCUUCUCGGGCAGCAAUGCAAAGCUUACAGUCAGCGAGUACAGCCUGUCUGAGAAAUAG